GACCGCGCCCGCUCGCUCCCUUCUACCACCGCUCAGGUAAGACUACCUUGUUCCUCCAAGUGUCCGGUGCUGAGUAUAAAAGCGUUGCACUCUGACGGGAACAGCAUCACUUGAUCACAUCAAGCAAUCAAACACACACAUACAAUGGCUUUCGUUAAGGUCCUGGCCGUCGUGGCCCUCGCUGCCGCCGCCAACGCCGGAGUCGCCCCCGUCGGCUACGCUGGCUACGCCGCCGCACCCGCCUAUGGGUACGGCCGCGCUUAUGCCGCCCCCGCCUACGCUGCCGCCCCCGCCUACGCUCGCGCCUAUGCCGCCCCCGUGGCCACCGCUACCUAUGCCGCCCCCGCCUACGCUCGCGCCUAUGCCGCCCCCGCUGUCGCUGCCUAUGCCGCCCCCGUGGCCACCGCCCACUAUGCUGCCCCUGCUCACUACGCCGCCCCCGCCGUUGUCAAGCAGCCCGUUGACUACUACAGCCACCCUCAGUACCAGUUCGAGUACGCCGUCCACGAUGCCCACACCGGUGACGUGAAGAGCCAGAGCGAGCACCGCGACGGAGAUGUUGUCAAGGGCCAGUACUCCCUUGUCGAGCCCGACGGCACCACCCGCACCGUCGACUACACCGCUGAUGCCCACAACGGAUUCAACGCCGUCGUCACCAAGUCCGGACACGCUUCCCACCCUGCCCCCGUUGUCCACAAGGCCGUUGCCCCCGUGGUCGCCCACGCCGCCCCCGUCGUGGCCCAUGCCGCUCCCGCCUACGGCUAUGCUGCUUACCACCACUAAGGAGUUUUACCCCUAAACUUUUCCUUUCAAAAAAGACUUUCCCCCCAAAACCAAAUCUCGCCUCAUAAGUCCCUCGCCUCAUUGUGUAUUAUAUAAUUGCGCGUCCGCCGCUUGACUCUUCGAUUGAUCGUUCCAUGAUUCCUCUGAUUUGCUAUGCGAGCAUCAACGUUUGAUUAUUUCUUUCCUCGCUUAUCCACAUCACGCACUGUUGAAUGCCAUUUUCAUCUCGCGCACCACUGCGCGGUUUUUGUAAUAAGACAUGUAUGACAAUGAAGUCAAAAAAUAAAAAAUAAAAACAAACAAAAAUCUCUUUUUCCUUUA